AUAACAACAGUUCAGUUAUCUCCGGACAGGCCAUUGACGAGCAACACGUUCCAUCCUCUCUUACCAAAAUCAUAUUCGGCACCUCAAUAUAACCGAUUUUUAUCGGUUAUUAAAUCUUCUUAGUGAUUACUUUAACACACUGGCUUAAAUGUGCCGUUUCCAAGUGUACACGUUCACCGAGUCCAAGUUAUCUUAACGUCAUUGAACAUUUCGGAAAGUCGUAAAGGAACCGCCGCGACUAUCUUCAGAAAUCAUCCUGCGCCAAAUGAUAAGCCGAUCGCUGAAAUUAACGUCGACGACGAUCUUCGUGCGACCUUCGACCUGUCCGAGCUCUUCGAAUGUGGCCCCUAAAAUUCUGACGAGAUCCACUCAUGAGACAACACGUAACGGCAUCUUGGAAUAUCUUCGAAGGAUAGAAGAGGCGAAGAAGGGUGAAAUAUGACGAAGCCAAAGAUGUCGGCCCUGGUGGCCUCUGCUAUACGCAAUCUGCGGGAAAUUCGGGGUUCGACGUCGAAGGAAAUCAUGAAUUAUAUUAAAUCCCAAUAUACGGGAUCGGACUCCAACAUACAAAAACAGAUAUUCGCUGCCUUGAAACGUGGCUUGGACUACGGUAUUCUAAAGAGGGACCGUGGUUAUUACAGCCUGAAUACGGAUCCUGACAUGAUGUACAAAGCGCAUACCGUGCCGCCUAUGGAGCAAGGCAGACCGAGGCGGGACGGGAGAAGGAGGCAACGACGUAACCGUAACCAUAAAAGAAGACCAAGUCGCCGAGGCAGGAGGCGGAGGAGGGGCGUAGCCAGACGCAGGGCCAGGGCAAGGAGGAGAGGAAGGAGAAGCAGAAGCUCAAGUAGAAGAAGAAGAAGAAACAGCUUCCCGAUCCGAUCGAGGUCCCUCGCAACAGCCAGGUGCAAGUGCGAGACGUCCAGGAAGCGCACGGAAGGCACCGCGAGAAAUUCCCCGGUGGAGGACCUCCGAAAGGACAUGACUUAUUUGUAUAAGAAGGGUAUCAGCGACCAGACGCCGUCCAGACAUCAGAGUCGUAGUCGGGAUCGAAGUCAGACGCACAGCCGAUCGAGUAGCAGCGACAAGGAGAUGAUUGACGACCAAAAUCGCGAUCAAUCGUGAACAUCUACACACGAAAAGUUACCGCGGAUCUUAAUCCUUCGCGUAUAUCGUCCACGUAAAAUUGACAAUUGAAGCUUUAUAUAAAAUUGAAAUUUUUUUUUACUAGGUGCAUGAAAAAAAAAACGCGUAUUAUUAUAUUAUUGUAUAUUAUCUCGUACAAUUCAAUUUGGAAUAGGAAGCAAGUUUUUGCCAACCUUUUAAUCGGGACUGCAAAGGAUUAACUGUCCGACGCGGUGGUUAUCAAUCAAUGACGCAGGAAUAACUCUGGCGAGUUUAGAUUUUGUCUUAUUUUGGUGAUAAAUUGCAGUGCUCCGAUAUGUAGGUCGACAGCGAACAAUUUGUUUUGUAGUCUUCGACUUUUCACAAAUUUUAUAUAUGUUUCCUUUACACUGACUGAUUAUAUAAACUGUUGAACCAUCAA